GCGCGUGCGCGGGGCGGGCGACUGCGCGCGCACUUUUCCCUCGACCCCUCCCCCCCACCCAGAACCAGAAGGCGGUACCAUGGCGGCUCCCCCGCCCGCACCCCCGCUACAGCCAGUCACCCACCUCAUCUUUGACAUGGACGGACUUCUUUUGGAUACUGAACGGCUCUAUUCAGUGGUGUUUCAAGAAAUAUGUGAUCGCUAUGACAAGAAAUACAGCUGGGAUGUAAAGUCCCUGGUUAUGGGUAAGAAGGCAUUAGAGGCGGCACAGAUUAUAAUAGACGUCUUGCAGCUCCCGAUGUCCAAAGAGGAGCUGGUGGAAGAAAGCCAAACGAAGUUAAAGGAAGUGUUCCCCAUGGCUGCGCUCAUGCCAGGGGCCGAGAAACUCAUCAUCCACCUGUGGAAACACGGCAUCCCCUUUGCCCUGGCCACCAGCUCAGGGUCUGCAUCGUUCGAGAUGAAGACAAGCCAGCACAAGGAGUUCUUCAGCUUGUUUUCUCACAUCGUGCUGGGAGCGACCCUGAAGUGCAGCAUGGCAAGCCAGACCCUGACAUCUUUCUAGCUUGUGCCAAGAGGUUCUCUCCCCCUCCUCCUAUGGAGAA